CUCUCCUUCACACCACCCACCGCCUUUCGAUCGGCACCGCUGCCACGUCGCUCGACAUUCUCCGCCGGCGCACACGACUGUCGAAGAGCGUCCACACACUCUUUUCCGCCAACUUUCAAUCGCAAGAAUACAUAUCCGGUCAAAGGCAGUCGCCUGCCCCAUACGCAGGUCCCAUGCCUGCUGCAGAUAUCUCCCCUCGAUAGCCCCAACAACCACCGAGGAAAUACCCCUCGAACGGUCGCCGCGCCUUUAAAUACACCCUGAAGGUCGUUACGAAUUCAAAACCCGUCCUUUCGACAAAAGCGCUGGGUGCAUCAGGCGUGACGAUGGUCGACUUUAUGCCACCAGGCGGGCCGCCAACCGGCGCAACGAUAACGACAUUCCGAGUCGCUACGGACGGCGGCAUAUCAGAUGGUGGGCCUUCACGCUCGCGCAUGGGCGGUGCUGCGACACCCGCGAACGGUGCACAGCCAAAUGGUGCGAACACUAUUCCCUUGAGCGCACGUAAGGCAGCGCCGCUGGAUCUGGAGACCGUCGAGCGCAGGGGACACAAUGCGCCGAACAACCUGCCGCCCAAGUCCCAGCGCAUGUUUGGCCUACAAGAGGCUCCAACGUAUAGACCGACCGCCGAGCAGUUCAAGGACCCGGUAACGUAUAUGCAGAGCAUACGGGAAGAGGCGCAACAGUAUGGCAUCGUCAAAAUCGUCCCUCCGGACACAUGGAAUCCACCAUUUGCCGUUGAUACCGAGCGCUUUCAUUUUCGCACGCGACGACAGGAGUUGAACUCCGUGGAAGGCGGUACACGUGCUAAUUUGAACUAUCUUGACCAGCUGGCCAAGUUCCACAAGCAACAUGGUCACAGCCUUACCCGUUUUCCGAGUGUCGACAAGCGCCCACUUGAUCUGUACAAGCUGAAGAAAGCCGUUGAAACUAGAGGUGGCUUCGAGCGCGUCUGCAAGCAGAAGAAAUGGGCUGAGAUUGGCCGCGAUCUCGGCUACAGUGGCAAGAUCAUGUCUUCGCUCUCCACAUCACUGAAGAACUCCUAUCAAAAAUGGCUGCAUCCAUAUGAAGAGUACUUGCGGGUUGUGAAGCCUGGGGUUCAUCAGAUGCUGGAGCAUGAACACGGCGGUCCGUUCACGCCAUCGCCCGCGCAUUCGCCAAUGAAGAAAUCGGUGCAAGGCACGCCAACAGCCAACACUCUCGAGUCACCUACGAUGAGGGCCUCCGCGGCGCUGAACGCAUCGUUGCAUGGCGACGCUGUGCCCACGCCACCUGAGCUACCACGACCAGCGAUCUCGUCAGGUUUUACUGCUGUCAACUCGGGAGGCUUCACACCUGUCAACGGGACUCCAGCGUCUGCUCCUUGUGCAGGACCUGCAACCAACCCGUUCUCUGCAGUGAACACACCGAAUGGACUGCAUAGGGAUUUCAUCGAUUCACGCACAUCAACACCAUUGCGCAACGGCGAUAGUCCCAUGCUUUCAGCUCAUAAUACACCAGAUCUGAGACCAACGGCACAUGGUUUGACACCGUUGUCCAACGGACACGCUUUCAAUCAGCUGAAGCGCACGUUGUCCCAAGACGGAGAGAGCAGCAUGAACGAGGAAGCGGAUGAAGCGAACGGCCGUCGCAGUAAGCGGCUAAGGAAAGAUGUGCCCACCGUAGCCGGCUCGCAUAUGACGCAGCCUCGACAAUCAACGCCAGGUAACAUCAACCCACGCGCGCGUUCUGCCGACGAGCGUCCAGGCGAUCGUUGUGAGACUUGCGGUACAGAUAAUGACCCCACCAACAUCUUGCUAUGCGACAGCUGCGACAAUGGCUACCAUGGCUAUUGUCUCGACCCACCGAUUCGUGGUAUUCCUGCAUACGACUGGCACUGUCCACGAUGUCUGGUGGGCACAGGCGAGUUCGGCUUUGAAGAAGGCGGCGUAUACUCGUUGAAGCAAUUCCAGGAGAAGGCACAAAGCUUCAAGCAAGCUCACUUCGCCGGCAAGACCGUCUUUGAUCCUGUCACAAACGCGCACAAACAGCCAACCGAGGACGAGAUUGAGAAGGAGUUCUGGCGACUCGUUGAGGACCUCACCGAAACUGUCGAAGUGGAGUAUGGCGCCGAUGUGCACACGACAACACACGGCAGUGGUUUCCCUACUAUUGAACGCAACCCACGAGACCCGUACUCAACUAACCCAUGGAACUUGAACAUCUUGCCAUACGCGCCGGACUCGCUGUUCAGACAUAUCAAGUCUGACAUCUCGGGAAUGACAGUGCCAUGGCUCUACGUUGGCAUGGUGUUCUCAACCUUCUGCUGGCAUGCUGAGGACCACUACACAUACUCGGCAAAUUACCAGCACUUCGGCGCUACAAAGACCUGGUACGGCAUCCCUGCAGACGACGUAGGAAAGUUCGAGCAGGCUAUGCGCGAAGCUGUUCCGGAGCUGUUUGAGACACAGCCGGAUCUUUUGUUUCAGUUGGUGACCCUCUUGACGCCUGAACAAUUGAAGAAGGCUGGUGUUAGAGUCUAUGCGCUCGAUCAGCGUGCAGGAGAGUUUGUCAUUACGUUUCCACAAGCUUACCAUGCUGGCUUCAACCACGGUUUCAACUUCAACGAGGCCGUCAAUUUUGCGCCAAGCGAUUGGGAGCCAUUCGGCGAACACGGCGUUCUUCGUCUCCAGGAGUACAGGCGGCAGCCGUGUUUCUCGCAUGACGAAUUACUCUUAGCGGCAGCUGGGCGCAAGGAUACAACGAUCAAGACGGCCAAGUGGCUCAGUCCAGCCCUCGAUCGAAUGCGUGUCCGCGAAGAACGUGUACGGACAACCUUCCUUGAAGCACACAAGGCGUCGCGUUCACACGUCUGCAAGCUAGACGAAAGCGAAGGCCCUGGCGAAGACAAGACAGUUCAAUGUCUGCUUGAGUUCGUUGUGGAUGACUCCGAUGUACAUGAGGAGGAGCUGAUCUGUGCUUUCUGCAAAGCAUACAGCUACCUAUCCCGGUUCUAUUGCCGCAACACCAAGAAGGUUCUGUGUCUACAGCAUGCUGGCUUGUUCGAAUGCUGUCAGCCUAGUCUCAUGGAGAGGCGCUAUCAGGGCGACGGAGGCGAGCAUGUCCUUAUCUAUCGCAUGACCAACGAUGCCAUCACAUCGAUUGUCCAAAAGGUUGCAGAUAAAGCAGGCCUACCAGGCGCCUGGGAAGCUAAGCUCGAGGCUCUCAUGGCAGAGGGUCCUCAGCCGCAAUUGAAGGUACUGCGCACCUUGAUGAAUGAAGGCGAGAAGAUUGAUUGGAAGCUUCCUGGGCUACCAGAUCUCAAGGAGUUUGUUGAGAAGUGCACCGAGGUUGCAGAAGAAGCCAUUGCCUAUACCACGCGCAAACAGCAGGCCCGCCAGAAAAAUGCACGAACAGGGAGAGGCAGGGGCGCCAACAAGGGAGCAGCAGCUGAGGCUGAGGACAAGGACCGUGAGUAUCGCAGCAUGGAGAACAUUCAGAAGCUUCUCACAAAAGCGAAGGAUCUUGGCUUCGAUUGUCCAGAGAUCACCGCACUGCGCGAACGUGCGCAAAGUAUUGCUGAAUUCCAAGACAAGGCGCGCAUUGCCCUUCGCGACCGCCCUAAUCAGCAAAGCAUCGCUCGUCUCGACGAGCUGCUCGAGGAAGGCAAGUCAUUCAAUGUGGAUGUGCCAGAGCUGGAGUCUUUGGACAAGGUUGUUCAACAACUAAAGUGGCUGCGUGAAAGUGACGAGUUCAAGUACAAGCCUGCUACAACGCUGCAAGAGGUCGGCGAGCUCAUUACUCGUGGCGUUGAGUUGGGCAUUCCUGAGAAUCAUCCCGAAAUUCAGUUCCUACAGGGCAAGAAGGAGCAGGGAGAGUUCUGGGAGACGAAGGCCAAGGAACUGAUGGCUGUUGAGAACGUCCACUACCAGCAGCUAGACGCCUUGUCCAAGCAAGCCACCAGCUUGCCAGUCACACCAGAAACCCGAGCCGCAGUGGAUGCUAUCCUCAAGAAGCAGCGCGAUGCGCAGGAUCUUAUCAUGUCGCUGUUUGAGCGGAGUAAGAAUCCUGAUUUCCGUCAACGACCGACUUACAAGGAAGUACGCGAUGCGAUGGAGGCACUGAACGCACUCAAUAGCAAGCCAGCAGGCACCAUUGAUCUUGAGAAGGAACAGAAGCGACAUGAAGACUGGAUGCGUCGUGGCAAGAAGCUCUUUGGUAAAGCGAACGCCCCCCUUCACAUCCUUCACCAACACAUGAAGUCGGUUGACGAGCGCAACCGAUCAUGCUUCGAUUUGUCCGACCAGCCGCGCAUGCCCGUGGAACCUGCUUCACGUGAGGCCAGUCCCGUGGACGGAGAGGAAGUAGACGGCUCAGGUUCUAGUCGCGACGUGUUCUGCAUCUGUCGAAGGCCCGAAGCAGGCAUGAUGAUAGAAUGUGAGCUCUGUCACGAAUGGUAUCACGGCAAGUGUCUUAAGAUCGCGCGUGGUAAAGUGAAGGAAGACGACAAAUACACCUGUCCCAUCUGUGACCACCGAGUCAAGAUCCCGCGCGAUGCCACGCGUCCUAAGCUCGAAGAUCUGAUGGUCUGGCAGGAUGAGUUACCAAACCUGCCGUUCCAGCCUGAAGAGGAGGAGACUUUAGAUUCUAUCAUCGAUCACGGUUCCAAGUUCCGCGAAUACGUUCAGCAAUACAUCAACCCGUUGAUGUCCAGCCCUGACGAGCUCACCACUCAGCGCUUCUAUCUGCGCAAGCUUGAGGGUGCCGACAUUCUUCUUACGGAAGAGAUCAACUUCUUCCGUCAGGAACUGCACAGGUGGGCUCCUGUUGCGCCUAACCCACCGCCUAUCCUCCAGGUUUCUUUGUCCACCCGCAAGCCUCGACCGACAAAGCAGCAGAAACUCAUGACCCAGUUAGGCAUCUCAAACCCAGAUGAUCUGCCGCCACACUUGCGUACCAAAACUCAUCAAUUCAAGCGCAAGGACGGAGAGCAAGCUAAGCCUCAGGGUCUUAACUCGAAUCCUGAUUCGUCCCAUACCCCACCAGGUGAACCUCGCCGUGAGUCAGGCGAGAACGAGUACUUCACCUCGAACACAACAUCCGCGUACAACAACUCGCCUACCUUCGCUACCAAUGCCCCACUCAAUUUUGGUGGUAGCUCCUCAAUUGCGCCGCUUGACCCAGGCCUUUUCGAGAGCUCUGCGCAGGUACCGACAAGCCCAAUGCAGGAUCUCUUCAAAAGCUCAGGCAACGGACAAGAGAUGUUCGGCGAAGCCAUGGAGAUGGGUGGUGGCCAGGCGGAGGAAGCCUUGGCUGUCACGGAAGGCAACAGCUACCUGGACUAGGUGUCCAGCGUCUUCAACAUGCCAGGCUCUUCUCCGCCAUCAGGUCCCACCAAAGCGGCACGAAUCCUACCUUUUAACUUUUAGAUCGACCCUGUACAACAUGCUUUUCCCAUCGACAGGGACGUUACUUUCUCUUCUUGCACAUGUAUUCGUUCUGAUUAUCUAGAGGGUAAUUCUACGGAGUAUGAUAGUUCUUCGACGACUGUUGUAUAGUCAUGUGUGUUUGUUGUACUGCCACACUGACUCGAACGGUCUGUUUGUCGCAUUCGACUGGUGUUAUGGGUUAAUGGGCGGCUAAGGGGCCGAGAUACCCACUGAAAAGGCGCAAUAUGUACUCUCUUGUAUUUCCACAGUCAAGGAAUGGAUAAACCAGC